GACUGCCUGUUGGCAUUUAGUAUCGCGCCGACUCUUGAGGUAACGUCGUCUUCUUUUUCGUCUUCCAUCAUUUCUGUCGCCUCCUUCUUGUGCUGUGCCUCGUCCUUACGCCGGACCCACAUGAACAUUGUAAAUAGUCGACGAACGACAGUCCGCUGGAGCGAUACGUUAUCCUAGUGACAACGAGGAUCUAUCGGUCCGAGGAUCUUUUCUUGUGAUUACCGUCAGUGUUUCCGGAAGGAUGGAGACGAAGAUGGAACCGUUGACACCCCCGCAUACGCCGCCCACUCUGGACAGAUCGAUACAACAGCAUCAUCAGAUGCAGAUCACGUCGCCCAGGUGGAUCAGGUCUCAGCAACUAACUGGGAGAUUCAUGCAGCAGCAACCGACCGGACAAAAUGUCGGCUAUCAAGCCGCAUUCUUGGAUAAUUGGCUCAGAGGAGCUGCGUUGCUCGCUGUCAGGGGUUGUUGCCCUCAGACACCGUCCACGCAUCCUUAUCAUCAUCAUAAUCAUCAUCAUCAUCAUCAUCAUCAUCAGGGUCAUCAGGGACUGCAUCCCGCGCUUCCUGUACCGCCUCCUGCCUCCUUUCUUACCAGGAGACUGCCUGGACAGAGGCCCAAGAAACAGUUCAUUUGCAAGUUUUGCAAUAGGCAGUUCACUAAGAGCUACAAUCUGCUGAUUCACGAGAGGACGCAUACGGAUGAACGUCCUUAUUCCUGCGACAUUUGUGGAAAAGCGUUCAGGAGGCAGGAUCAUUUGAGAGAUCAUCGGUAUAUCCACAGCAAGGAGAAACCUUUCAAAUGCAGCGAAUGUGGAAAAGGAUUUUGUCAGAGCAGGACUCUGGCGGUGCACAAGAUUCUCCAUAUGGAAGAAUCGCCGCACAAAUGUCCCGUCUGCUCCAGGAGUUUCAAUCAAAGGAGCAACCUGAAGACACACCUCCUUACACACACAGACGUGCCGCAGGAUUUAAGGAUGGAAGCACCGGUCGCUCCGGAAUCCAGAAUCAACGCUUCCACUACUGUCAGACAGAUGGCGGAUAGGGUGAGUGGACUGAUCCCGAUUCAGAGGACCAGCACCACCACCCCUAAGUUAGGUUUCAGUAUAGAGGACAUUAUGAGACGUUGAAGGAGCUUUUUAUCCUUUUUAGUAGAGAUGUUCUUGUCGUUUUGGGAGUCAGUGUGCUUCAUUCGUAUUUUAUCUUUUCUGUGGAUUAUAAGGGUCGGACUGAUCCUGACAUUUUUUGAUAAUUGCUUUUGAACGAAGCACACUGAUUUCGAAUGUAUUAUACGUCACGUUGUAAAUAUGCUUUCAUUUAAAUUAUUCGACACUUAUCCAUAUAACAUGUAAAUAGUCGUGUAGAUAUUUAACUGUAAAUAAAAUAGUAGAUAAACCGAUUGAUAGGCUGUUUCGCGUAGAAUUUUGAGUGUCUCAUUAAUUUCAAUUAAUUUUUCUAAAUGAAGUUUAUUUUAUCGUCGUUGAAAGUUAGGGUGGAAAUUUCCUUUUGAUUUAUUCGUUCCUCUUUAACUCAGUUUCCUUCGAUUUAUAUUUUAAAAUUAAUUUUUGCAAUUUACAAAAUUUAAACAAUUCAACAAUUUAGUACAAUCAUUUUCAAUAAUAAUUUUUCAAGGUUUAUUUAAUUAAAAAAUAAGUAAUGUAUAAGAUGUAAUAGAGAAGGAAGUAAAGUUACAAGAGGAUUGAGUAUCUCUCGCGAUAAGCUUAAAACGAAACUCUGAAGAACACCAUAAGGUGAAUUAACAAGGGGUCAGUGUAUCUCCGAAGGCGUCAAAAUAAUUGGUUACUAUGCGUCCGAGACAACGAUCUAUACCUGGAAGUAGCAAGGUGUUUUCGUCUAUCGAAACGUUAAAUCGAGUUUCCUGUCCCCUUAGUUUUUCUCUCUCAAAAAUUAGGAAUUCUCGAUCAGAUAAGCCAAAGGGACACCUUCUGGUAGUUAUCUACGCGCCAUCUUUAUCCUCACCAGUGACCUGUAAAUAGUCCCAAAGAUCGUUUCUUUUUUUCGCUCGUUUAAUCUAGCCAGGGUCCUGUUGAAUCUUCCUGGACCACCCAUGUCUCGUACAUACACGUAGUUUAUACCUGACACUCGUGGAAGUUGUCGAUGUGGCUCUUAUUUAAUAGCCGGAGAAAUAGAGUCUCUGGUUAUCGUUACUUAAACGCGUUACCAUUCUAACGUUUGCAUAUUUUUUAUAUAUAAAUUCUUACAAUUUUUAACUGUUUUACCAUCUUUUCACAUUUUUGCGUUGCUCAAGGGUGUACAUGCAUCAUGGAGUUAUCAUGUAUUAGUCAAUUUAAGUUAGACCUGGGACGGAUAUAAUGUAAACAAUAUAAAAUAUAAAAUGUAACGAUGCAUAAGUAAUUGAAAAGAAGAAAAGUGUAAAAUUUUAUAUUUUAUAUCAUUAAGUACUUAUAUGGUGUAUCUGUCUUUUGAAGUUCUAAUCAUGUAGAAUUAGAUCUGGAAGGAGUGAGAUAGAGGGUUGAAUGUAAAAUAUGGUAGUAUAAAAGUAAUUAUGCAUAAGGUUUUUUUUAGUUUUGAGGAAAGAAGGAGUGUGAAAAGUUGGUUUAGCUGUUAAAGAUGGAAAGAAUUUACAUAAGAAAUAAUAAUGCGGAUGUUACACCAUUAACUUAAGGCUGUUGUAAAUAGAAGGUUUUACGUUAAGGUUGCUCUGAAGAUAAAAUUGUUUAAAAUUAAAAAAUUUUUCAAUUAAAAUAACAUUUUAUGAAGUUUAAUUGGAGCUUAAAAGCAAAUAGAUAAAAUUAUUUAAUUAUAGAUAUAUUGCUUACACCCUUAAAUGGCUUUAAGCAAUUUUAAAUUUUUGUUUCAGAAAAUUGAUUAGAACACAGAAAGUAAAUAUUUUAAACAAAUUUUCUUAUCUCAUCUUCAAGGCAGCUCUUGCAAUCAAACCGUGUAGAUAGGUAGGUAAUCACUUUUUACCAUCGUUAACAGUUUUUCUUUUUAACUGCGUUUAUUUUAUUGUGUCUGCGUUUAUUUUAUGUUUUCGAAAAAUGUUUGUCUUCAAUCCUCUUUAGCAUUUAUGGAACAUAUGAGUGUUUCGAUUAAGUAAUUAACCUGUAUUUGUAAUCGAAUUGAAGGUUGUGUAAGUGAAGGAUGUUGAGCGUGGCAGCGCAUAGUUAUACCAAAAAUCAGAAAUAGGAGGAUGCUAUUGCCCUAGUCUAUUAUAAUGUAUAUUUAAAUAUUGUUGUUAUUGAUUGGAAAUAGAAAUUAAUUGAAACAGAAUA